UCUUCCGUGUCAACUGUUUCUUGUCAGAAGACGCCAAAAAAAACCGACCCGCCAUCUCCUCCAAAAGUAUCUCACAAAGGACUUUUGUCGAACACAUAAGGCUCAAUCGAGCCCUUGCUUUCAGCCAAUGCAUUAACAAACUAGUAUACAAGAAAUAAGAAAAACAGCAUCGAUCUCAAAGAAAAAAAAAAAAGAAGAAGAUAAAUGCAAGGUACGAUCGCUUCCCGGUGCUUUAGGGCUGGCGAGCUCUUAUUCACUAGAGCACAGACCUUAAUCAAUUGCGGACCUUCACGUUAUUCCUGCCAAAAUGGAAUUAGCUCUAUUCGCAUGGCAACUGGCUCAAGAAUCCCCCGAAAUAGCUUAAUUUUCGCUAGGCAGUUGUCCGUAAAAUUCAGUCCGUGGAACUCUUCCAGAACUUCCCCCUAUUUUUUCAAGAACCUCAAAGGCUUUAUAGCAGAUGUCCCUGCAAAACCUUCCCCCCAGAGCCAUGGGUCAAUGCCAAAUGGGUAUGGAGCUGAGAUGUUUUCGACGAAAAGUGGGGAUGAUGCCCAAGGGAAAAAGCCUACGUUGGCAAAGCAAGUGGGAGCGGUGUCAGCAGACCAAGUUCCGGAUGCCAAAAUCCUGCAGACUCUAGCAAAGUACCUAUGGAUGAAGGACAAUUAUGAAUUCCAGCUGCGGGUCGUUGCCGCAUUAGGUUUCUUGGUUGGUGCCAAGGUGUUGAAUGUUCAAGUACCAUUCUUGUUCAAGUUUGCUGUUGACUGGUUAACGAUAGCAACAGGCAAUGCUGGUGCUCUUGCUGGGUUUAAUGCUGCUAAUUCAACUAUGUUAGCACUUUUUGUGAGCCCUGCUGCUGUUUUGGUAGGCUAUGGGAUAGCACGAGCUGGGGCGUCUGCUUUCAACGAAUUGCGAACUGCAGUUUUCUCUAAGGUGGCAUUGCGAACCAUUCGAUCUGUUUCCAGGAGGGUUUUCUCUCAUUUACACGAACUUGAUCUACAAUAUCACCUAAGUCGAGAAACUGGUGCUCUCAAUCGCAUUAUUGAUCGGGGAAGCCGUGCAAUUAAUUUUAUUCUUUCGUCUAUGGUAUUUAAUUUGAUACCGACUAUAUUAGAGAUUUCCAUGGUAUCAGGUAUUCUUGCCUACAAAUUCGGAGCUCCAUUUGCAUGGAUCACUUCCCUCUCAGUAGCAACGUAUGUUGCUUACACUUUGACCGUGACACAGUGGAGAACUAAGUUUAGGAAGGCAAUGAAUAAAGCUGAUAAUGAUGCAAAUACAAGAGCAAUAGAUUCUCUUAUCAAUUAUGAGACAGUUAAAUAUUUCAAUAAUGAGGAAUACGAGGCUGAAAAGUACGAUGAAUUUCUGAAAAGAUAUGAAGAUGCUGCUUUAAAAACGCAGAGGAGUCUAGCACUUCUCAACUUUGGCCAAAAUGUGAUAUUCAGUGUAGCUCUUUCAGCUGCUAUGGUAUUGUGUUCACAUGGAAUUAUGAAUGGCCAGAUGACUGUUGGAGAUCUGGUCAUGGUAAAUGGGCUGCUGUUCCAGUUAUCACUCCCUCUGAACUUCCUUGGCAGUGUAUAUCGUGAAACCAUUCAGAGUCUGGUUGAUAUGAAGUCCAUGUUUCAGUUGCUCGAGGAGAGAGCUGAGAUUAGAGAUGCAGAUGAUGCUAAACCAUUGAAGUUACGAGGGGGGAGCAUUCAAUUUGACAAAGUUCAUUUCAGUUAUUUGCCAGAGAGAAAGAUUCUCAAUGGGGUAUCUUUUUUUGUUCCAGCUGGAAAAAGUGUAGCUAUUGUUGGAACCAGUGGUAGUGGUAAAUCAACUAUUCUUAGACUGCUUUUCCGGUUUUUCAACACUGAUUCUGGAAAUAUAAGAAUAGAUGGACAAGAUAUCCAGAAGGUAACAUUAGAGAGUCUUCGGAAAUCUAUUGGUGUUGUUCCACAAGACACUGUACUGUUCAAUGAUACAAUAUAUCAUAACAUCCAUUAUGGUCAUCUUUCAGCAACAGAAGAGGAGGUUCAUGAUGCUGCUCGACGGGCAGCAAUUCACGAUACUAUCAUGAACUUUCCGCAAAGGUAUUCAACUGUAGUUGGGGAACGUGGACUUAAACUUAGUGGUGGUGAAAAGCAGAGGGUGGCCCUAGCUCGUGCAUUCCUAAAAGCACCUGCUGUUUUGCUUUGCGAUGAAGCUACAAGUGCCCUUGAUAGCUCGACAGAAGCAGAAAUUUUGAGUGCAUUGAAGUCUCUUUCGAACAAUCGGACUUCGAUUUUUAUUGCUCAUAGACUGACGACAGCCAUGCAGUGUGAUGAGAUUAUAGUCUUGGAGAAUGGGAAGGUUGUAGAGCAAGGUCCACAUGAAGUUCUCUUGUCGAGGCCUGGGAGAUAUGCGCAACUAUGGACACAGCAGAAUAGCACUGUCGAUUCACUUGACACAGCAAUCAAAUUGGAGGCAUGAAAUUUGUUUUCUGUUUUGUUCUUGCACAGUGAAGACAUGUUCGAUAGUUGUGGUUCUCCCCUUUCAGGAUGUAUCUUCAUCAUUCACAUAUGUCAUAGGUAGGAAGCUCUUACAUAUCCGUAGUCAGCUGCAUUGGCUGCUAUAAGCCACUGAAGAUUCCAACUUUUAGUUUUUUUGGUUAAGUUUAGGUUUUCUCUUGUAUUACGAGAAUGUAACAUUUUGACCAGACGCGCUCUAAAAAUUUCUUGGUUGCUAUAAACUCAAUCUUAUGGCAUCAAUAGUUUAUGGCAAUUGUGGGGCUGUUCUUAUU